GGCGAAGAAAUCUCAUUCGACCAAAGUCCAGGGAGACGCUGUGAGCUCAUCUUCUUAGGAGAGCUCGACUUCAGCCAGCAUCAUUUCUUCACGGUCACAACUUCUCUCCUUUGACCACAAUUUUGUUUAUCACAGUCCAUCUGCUCAAGCCAGUGCGCAAUGCGUGGCUUUGUAUCCUGCUUUAGAUGCCUCGCGCCGUUGCGGGAGCUGGCCUCCUCUCCGGCGAGAUGGCUUCAGGCGAAUCAUCCCCGUCGCCCUGAGGGCACAGGCACUCUCUCGGGUACACCAUGGACAAGAACGGCCCCUGCACGCGCUACCUCCCGCUUGGGUAUUUCAAAUGGAGGCCAACUAUGGAGUCAUACUUAUUCAACAAACGCAGCGCCACAUGCAAGCGGUGCCACAGAGUCAAGGGGGCUUGGCGCCUUCUCUCUGCUCGCUCUCAUCUUCGCUGUUGCCGCCGGAAGUUACGCAGCUGGCUCCAUCUACCCUCCUGCGCUGGUCAAACUUGCAUUUCCGGAUCCAGCUCCGCCACGUCCUGACCGAGCUUCUCCCGAAGGACAAGCGCAAAUGGAUAAGAUCGAAGAGCAUUUGCUUCGCUUGCCGCUAACGCGAGAAAUCGGGUUGCGCGCAAGUCCAGCGCCACCAACGCAACCGACAUCUCCAGCUCAGCCCGUCUCGGUGGUGCAGGAAGGCUUGAUGGAAGCGCAUUACAAAGCCAGCAGGCCUUACGCUCGUUAUCCAGAAGAGCGGAGGCGCCAUUCCCUGACUGCCGGCACUCUGCGGGGACCCGGGAUGGUUGCAACGCCGCCUCUUGUCUUCACAAAAACUGAACACGGGGCCCGAGUGGAGGGCGGAGCAAUAGGAGACGCCAUUGCCAUCAUGCACCUUGGGCGCUCCGUUUGUGGUCAUGACGGGGUCAUCCACGGCGGCUUGAUCGCGACCAUCUUUGACGAAGCGCUCGCACGCACUGCUUUUCAUGCGCUUCCCUCUAACGUAGGCGUCACGGCCCGCCUCGAGAUCGACUAUUGCAAACCCACCAUGGCGGACCAAUUUGUUCGUGUCGAAUCGUUCCUUGUAGAAGCCAAGGGACGCAAGGCUGUCGUGCGCGGACAAUUGAAGGACAUGAGUGGCCAAGUUCUGGCCGAGGCUCAUGCCAUUUUUGUGGAGCCACGGUUUGCCAAGUUCAUCAACAGGCAGAUUAUUCAAGAGUUCCUCAAUUAGACAUACAGUCAGAGUCGCUGCUUGGAACAUUUACAACCCGUCACAUAUGCUCCUUAUCCAAAUACCGUCGUUCCGACUACGGUGCUUUGCUUGCUUCAUUUGCGUUUAGAGUUUGCAUCAUUGCUUUGAUCGUAUUCAUGUCACAAUGCUAACGAUGCCGCUUGAUGCAGUCUUGCUCCAUGGUACCAAUGUCGUCACGCGCCACUAAUGUUUCCUAAGUAUUAGCAGUGCUUUUACAUACAUGUGUGC